CGCCUCCCCCCCCCUCCUUCCACGGAUUUUUUUUUUUCUUUAAACUAUGCCUAAACCACUUAUUGUUCAGUUUACACCUAUUCGGUCUUGUCUUGUCAAUUUACCUUCUAAAUGGGUGAGCGCACUUCUUGACCAGAACAAGUUACCACAAAACGUCAUUUUAGAAAUCCAAACGAAUACGAAACGACAUUACUUUGGUUGGUCUGGUGAAGCUUCCAAAGCGUUACCACCCCAUGCCGUAUUUACAGCACAAAAUAAUAAGCUCGAUGUGCUUGAAAUGGACCCCCAAGUGGGUCUUGCAAUAGGUUUACAAGACGGACAAAAGGUCUCUGUGGAUUUCUGUAAAGGUGUACCUGAUUGUCUCUCCGUGUCUGUGGAGCCUUAUACAGAAGACGAUUGGGAGAUUUUAGAACUUCAUGCGCAACAUGUGGAGGAAAACCUCUUGUCCCAGUUACGCGUGGUCUAUACCGAGCAAGUGAUUUGUGUGUGGAUUCAUGGAAAGACCUUGGUACGUCUUGUGGUAGCGGGUGAGUUGGAUCCGAACGUACCGUUUGCUAAACUCUCCAACCUAUCUCAAGUGGUGGUGGCACCUAAAGUACGUAGACAAGCGACCGUGGUGAAGGAAGAAGUCAAGGUACAAAAGGCAGUGGCAUUAAGAACAAGUCCGGGUGACACCAUGGACGAUUUACAAGUCUUGGUGCAUCCCGAAUCAGUGGGUGCGUUGAAAGGUGUGUCCCAUGUACGUCUAAAGAAACUGGUACCCGCUUUUCAACGUCGAUCCAAGGUUUCAACAGGAAACGAUACCGAACAUGAGACGGAAGAGGAAACAAGUGCUGUGUUUGCUACAUUGGUUGUGCAUGAGUCUGUGCCUUUGGGUCAUGUCAUGGUGGGCGCUGUUUUAAAAAUGACGCUGGGAUUAAAGGAUUUUGAUAUUGUCAAGUUGUCUACUUCGGCCAUCAAGAAAAGUCCAGUGGGAUCUAUUAUUUUAAAGAGAUUUAUCAAUUCAACGCAGACAAUUAAAUUAGGUUUAGAAAGUCAGCAGAAAUUGACAUUUGAGGCAGAUUGCACUACAGCUAUGAGAGACUGGUUGGAUCAACAUGGAAAGGAAGACAUGGUAUUGAGUGAAGGAUUAUUAAUAACGUUGACGGUAGGCGAAAAAAAGGAGGAGCAUUUCCAAUUAUCGCUUGGUGCGAAAAAGGGUUUAUUUUCAGGUGGUAGUUCAAUAAAGACGGAAACAAAUAAUGAUGGAUGGACUGUAUUGACACGAGGUGAGAAACCCACCAUUGAAUUCGGUGAGCCGGUCUCCACGCGUUCGUUCCCUACACCUACACCACGUAUCCAACCCGUCACGAUGGGUGGGGUGGAUACCUUGUUGAAGAAAAUCCAACAGUAUACCUUGGCUAACCUCUCUCAACGUGAACUCAAGGGUACACUUUGCGUCCCACGGUCUGGUGGCAUUCUUUUGACCGGUGCUCAUGGUGCUGGUAAAACAGCGCUUAUUCACAACAUCUUGUCUGAGAUGGACAAACAUGCGAUUUACACGAUAGAGAUUCAAUGUGCUGAAUAUGCGGAUGAACGUGUUCCUGUGUUAAAGGAGAUGAUUUCACAAAAAUUGGACGAAGCGGCUUGGCAUGGACCCACCGUGGUGUUCUUUAACGACCUAGAUCGUUUGAUGCCAGCAGAAGUAGAACAUGCAGAUUCAAGUAAGAGCCGACAUGUAGCUGAAUUAUUUGUACGUAUGGCUUCCUUGGCUUGUCAAAGACAUGCCAUUCUUUUGGUGGCAACAGCUCAACAACAACAAUCCAUUCAUCCUGCCUUGAUCACACAUCAUUUGUUUAGUGACUUGCAUCAUUUACAACCGCCUAAUCGAGACGAACGCAAACUGAUCAUGGAGGCUGUGAUGAGUAGUGGACCAGAUGUGUUAAAAAAGAGUCUACCCCUGAUCGAUCUUGUCUCGGUUGCUUCUGAAACUGAAGGAUUUUUGGCGGCGGAUAUCAAGGCGUUUUUGGAACGUACGGUACAUGAAGGAGCGGUACGAAGUAUCAAAUGUAAUACGAGUCAGUUACUAUUGAAGCAAGAAGAUUUUUCUAUGGCUAGACAAGGGUUUGUUCCUUCUUCUUUACGUGGUAUCAAGUUACAAAGUUCGGGUGUGCAUUGGUCGGACAUUGGCGGUUUGAAUGAGACACGAAAAGCGUUAUUAGAAACCUUGGAAUGGCCUACGAAAUAUGCUGCAGUAUUUGCACAAUGUCCCUUACGACUGCGAUCUGGAUUGCUGCUGUAUGGAUACCCAGGAUGUGGCAAAACUUUAUUAGCUUCAGCGGUGGCCAAGGAAUGUGGAUUGAAUUUCAUUAGUGUGAAGGGUCCAGAGAUUUUAAACAAGUACAUUGGAGCAAGUGAAAAGUCUGUGCGUGAUCUCUUUGAACGUGCUCAAGCUGCUAAACCCUGUGUUUUAUUUUUUGAUGAAUUUGAUUCUAUUGCCCCACGCAGAGGUCAUGAUAGUACGGGUGUCACGGAUCGUGUAGUGAAUCAAAUGUUGACACAAAUGGACGGUGCGGAAGGGUUAGAUGGAGUCUAUGUACUUGCAGCCACCAGUCGCCCUGAUCUUAUUGAUCCUGCUUUACUUCGUCCUGGUCGACUUGAUAAAGCGUUACUAUGUGGAUUACCCAAUGUAAACGAGCGUCUGGAGAUUUUGCAGGCACUGGGGUUAAAAAUGAAAUUGGCGUCGAAUGUGGAUUUAAAGGAUUAUGCCGAAAAGACGGAAGGGUUUUCGGGAGCCGAUUUACAAGGAUUUCUUUAUAAUGCGCAUCUGAGUGCUAUUCAUGGUACGAUUGAUAUGUCGAGUUUUAAAGAAAAAGAACAAGAUGGUAAGACCCAACAGUCCACGUUUGUCAGUAACCAAGUGUCAUCGGGUGUUCCCUUGACAUCGGCUGAAAAGAGUCAGAUCGCACAGCGGUUGGCAAUGAUUAAAAAGAAGGGGCAAAAGAAAGAUGAAAAUACAACCAGUUUGAUGGAUGAACAUCCCCAACAACAACAAGAGGAAGCUGAAAUUACACGAGCCUUUUUGGAUAAAUCAUUACGUUCUACACGACCUUCUAUUACAGCAGAAGAAUCACAUCGUUUAGGUCUCAUUUAUAAUGAAUUUGUCACAGGUCGUACGGGUGAAUUACCAUCAGGGGAAGGAGAAAAAGGUGUUGGUAAACGCUCCACCCUGGGUUAGAAUCCCCAUAUUUUCAUAUUAAAAAGAGGGGGGGAAAGGUGUGUCUUUUUUUAGAUACAAACUCCGCUUUAUUUUUCCCAUCUUUUUUUUUUUUUUUUUUUGUGGUUGCCCCCCUUUUCUUUUUUGAACACCCCCCAAACUCCCC